AUGGCUUCCACGCAGGUGAAUGGCUACAGGCCCACUGUCGCGGAGCAACAUGUACAGGCUGCAUUCUACGACCAGUGGCUGCAAUUGAAGGAGACGGUCCUGGCAGACAAACAUGCGCGGUUCAAGUUGCCAGCUGCUGUAAGACAGCGGCUUCAACCUGCCGCAGCACCGUCGUCGACUUCCAACUAUGCCUCAGCUUCGCAGCUACCUGGCCUAUCCAAUGCCUCAAGCAGAGAUCAGACAAUACAAUCUUCGUCUUACGGUGCUGUUACUACUGCUGCUCGUCUGGGGAACGCGCAAGCUUUCUCACAGAACGCGUCCACAGCAGCAGGCACAACUGCUUCGAGGAGUGGCAUUGAUCCAGUUCUGUUGACAAAGUCCGGAGACUUGAUCAAGGCAGAGAUGCAGCUCAAGAGACAGCGCAUCGAGAGACAACUCAAGGAUGCGGCAGAGCAGCGCAGAUACACGCCCUUUNCCAAGAACCAGGAAGACAUGGCACCUCUCGUUGGUCUGACCGAGACCUUUGAAAGAGCGCUGGAAUUGGUCAAGCCCGUAUCGGGUCUCAAGCCCCCUGCUAACGCUCAAACUGCAGCGAGUGAUUCAUUCGACGAGAACUCGUAUUACUCUAGCCAGGCAAAUGAUUGGUCGUCAGAAGAGGGCUCGCCGAAGAAGAAGGCAGAAGCGUCGUUCUCCUUGCAUCAAGCGACAGGUCUGGCAAGUAGCGCUCCUCUUUCCAAGCAGAACCCUGUCGUCGUUGAACAUCAUGACAAGCAGCAUCAUCCUAUGCCAACCACUCUCGAUCAGCACGAGACCGAGACUCUCUACGAUGCCGAACGGGAAGACUCGGAGGAGUAUUCACCACCAGAUGCAAACGCCUUUAGCGGACCUGAUGCUGAUGCCAUGGAUCUGGACGAUGACAGCAGUGAAUUCGUGCCGCAAGAAGCCCACAUCCCAUCGCCUCAAGCACCUGUUAUUACCAAUCACCUUAUUCGACUCGCUGCCCCUCAGCCCGCUCGAGUGUCACCUCUUACUCUGGUCAAACCUCCAGGCCUCGCCCAAUCCCAGACGAGCUAUCCCUCGGCGCCCAACACACAGUUGCCCGCUUCACCUUAUGCCUACCAAUCCUCCAGCGCAUAUCGCCCACAGUUCGAGUCCGACGGCUCGACCACUUCGCCUCGUAAUUCGACUCAGACCAGUCCACUUGGUGCGUUUAAGAAACAAAGAGGGAAGGGCAAGAAGAGGAAGCGAGAGGCCGACAAGGAAGCGAAAGAGGCUCGCAAAAACCGCCCCAAGCCUAGCGCUCCUUCCCCCGAGCCAUACAUCAAGCCCGAACCUGUGUCUCCGCCACCUUUCUCUGCACCUGCUGCUUUGCAACCCUCGCGCACUCGUCCGUACCAACUGCCACCAGAUGUUGAGAUAGUCUCAGGUCCGAGACAACCCUACUACCAGGAGGCCCCACCCNCUGUUCCUCCAGCCAUGCACUAUGGUAUGGACGGUCUCUCCUCUCCUGCUGUCAUCAGGGUCUCCUCUCCUGGUAUUUACGCCAGGCCUAGAAGAGACGAUCAGGACCUACGCCGUGUAGCUAGUCUCCAUGCUGCACAUCGUCCCGCGUCUCCCAUGGCAAGGAUAUCGUCUCCAGCCGGUUACCGCACUGUGUCACAACCUUAUCCUGAAAGAGGAACAAGAUAUGGUGAUGAAUACAUGAGGACUCCACAGACUCAGUACAUGCGAUCGGAAAGAUCUGUAACUCCACCACACCUUCGAGCUGCUAGAGAAGCUCCAGUGCCUAUGAUGGCCCCGCCGCCGCCAGCUAGAAGAAUUGUCGUGGACCAGUACGGCAACAGGUACUACGCGAACGAGCCUGAUGCACAACCUAGAAUGUCAGUCGCGCCCCAGCUGCGCCCAGAAGGCGAGAUGAUGUACGAAGGUGCACCUAGUAGACAAUCCGUUGUAUAUGCGAGUCAGCCUGCGCACAAUGUAUACGAGGACGAACACGGAGUGAGAAUGCCACCGCCUCCACCGCCAGUGCGUAGAGUGGUCGAGCAAGCCGAAGGCGCUCCUGUCGACUAUCGAGCCUACAGACAGCGAGAUUACUCUCGCGCUCCUGAGCCACAGUACUAUCGGGAGGAAGCUGCCGGAUCCGUUUACAUCAGGGAUGCACCAGGGCCCAGAGCGUCAGUCUACCCACCCGAGUCUGCGCCAGCUGGAGCCUAUGCCCCAAGAGCGUAUAGUGUGCGUCCCGAAAUGGAGCCAGUCCGAUACAUGUCGAGACAGGCGAGCAUGGCACCACAGGGCGACUACGUUCGAAUGGCAGAAUCGGGAGGUCGUGCAGUCACAAUGGCGCCUCCACCCGCACCGAUGAGGGCUGUAAGUGUUGUGCCAGGGUCCGAAUAUGGACGUCCUGUCGAGAUGAGGUAUAGCUAUGGAAGUCAAGGUGCUGGUCCGUAUGCAGCAGCGGGGCCACGCUACGGCGAGGAAACACCAGCAGCACCUCGGGAGAUCUUUGUAGAUCAAUAUGGACGAGAGGUCAGAAGAGUAGGCUAUUAA